CGAGAAAUCUAAAAACCCCAUCUUCGGCAAGGUCGUGCGAGCUCUCCGAUCAUCAAGCCCAAAAUACUUUUGCUGCAGAACGCACCUAAAAAAAAUUAAAAGAAAAAAAAAAAAAAACAUACGCACACACACACAACAAAUCCCCCCAACCGCGAAGAAACUACAAUCUGAAAGCAAAACCACACACCUAUACAAACGCAAAAACCCUAACGAUGAAAUGAGAGGACCAUGGCUAGGCAACACGAAGCCACCGCGCUACCAUGGGGCACGUUAGAGGAGCUCCUGCUUGCUUCCGCCGUCAAUCGCCACGGCACCGCCAGCUGGGACUCCAUCGCCAUCGAGCUUCAGAACCGGAGCUCCUCCCUCCCUUCCCUUCUUCCUCUCACUCUCACUCCUCAGUACUGUAGAGACAAGUUCUAUGACCUCAAGCGGCGCUUCUUGCCCCAACAAGACGACGAAUCGGCCAGCCUUGUCCCCAUGGUAGACGAGCUCCGCAGGAUUCGGGUGGAGGAGCUUCGACGCGAAGUCCAGCGCCGAGACGACUCGAUCGUGUCGUUGGAGUUGAAGGUAAAGAGUUUGGAGGAGGAGAGAGAGCGGAGCUUGAAGGAGGACUCUGAGGCGUUGGAUCUGAAGAAGGAUAUCGAAGGCGACGACCGAGAAGCAACGCCGUUACCGGAUAACCUCACCGGAAAAUCGGUAUGCGGAGACGUCUCCAACGAUAAAGAAAAUCGAUCCUUCAACGGGUCCAAUUCGACGAGUCAAGGAGGCGAGGGUCAAGGGCGUCGAAACGGCGUCGUUGGCGAGCAAGAAAGACCCGAACCAGAAAGAAAUGAUCCGGAUCCGGGUCGGUCAGAAUAUGGCCCGGGAAAGAACUAUUCAUUUGAUAACGGGGAAGUGAAUGACACAGAUGACGCGGGGGGCGAGGAGGAUCAGGAGGUAGGAGUUAAGGCGGUUCGGGGGACGGGUGGACUCGGAGAGUCGAACGAGGGGUUGGAAUCGGUGGGUGAGUCGAAGAAGGAAAAGGAAGCGGCGUCGAAGCAGAGCAGUGACGUGCAGAGCUCGGCCAGCUUGUCCGGGAAGAAACGUCGUCGCAAGGGUGGAGGAGGAAUUAGUAGCGGGGAGGAGCCCGAAGCCGAGGGACACGAGGAGGUUUCUCCCGCCAGGGGACGAGUCUCGGCCGUCAAAUCUGAGCCGUUGGUAAAGCUCAUCGGGAUGAUCCGGUCCCAUCGGCUCGGCUCGGUGUUCGAGCGGCGGCUUCGGAGCCAGGAAUCCGAACGGUACAAGAGCUUGAUAAGACAACACAUGGAUUUGCAAAUUGUUCAAUCAAGGCUUGACAGAGGUGUCUAUGCUGAUUGUAUCCACAAAUUCUUUCGCGAUCUUCUGCUCUUAUUCAAUAACGGUGUCAUCUUCUUCCGUAGAAGUUCUCCCGAGCACGUAGCAGCCAGAGAGCUACGAGGUCUUGUACGGAAGGAACUGAACGAUAAGGUCCCGAAACCUCAAACAACACAAGUGAAACCCGAGCCCAAGAACGAAUCCGAUUCACUCUCUAAACCCAAUAAGUCCUCUACCAUGGUUGCAUGUGGGAAACAAAGUUCUAUGAAGGCACUGAUUACCGAAGGUGCAAACAGAAAAAUAGAUAAAAGAGAAAGAGAACUUGAGGAAAAACCAAAUGCUAGUCAGAAGAAGAAUGACGCUUCUUUUGUCAAGAUAGAGGAGAAGGGUAUAAGGAAGAAAAGGACUAAGGAAAGAUUGGGCGGGAGAGGCUUGAGAACGAACAACAAAGGUGGUGGUGACAUAAAGCAUGAAUAUGGCGGAAAUGAGCUCAGUUCUCACGAUGCUCUGGAGGUUAAGAUGGAGAAGAAGGAAAACACGGUAAAGAAGAAGCAAGGUGCGGCAAGUUUCUUGAAAAGAAUGAAGCAGAACUCACCCGGCGAAGUGCUAGCGGAUGCAGAUGAUUCAGAUGAAGAUAGCAAAGAUGAUAGAAGUGAGGAGAAGAAGAAGACAAGGGGUAGAAGAAGGGAAGUGAUCAAGAUAGAGGAGAGAGUUACGAGGAGUUGUAACGGUGGUGGGAGGGGAAAGGAGGAGAAUACUGGAAAGGUGAAAAGAGGGGUGGGGAGGCCGCCAAAGAGGCUUGAGUCUGUAUCUGCGGCUGCCACGGGAAAGAGGGGGAGAGAGAAUGGGGAAUCCGUGGUGGUGGGAGGUGGAGGCAGGUCAAGGAAACGCUCAAGAAGGUGACUGAUUGUUGUAUAAUGUAUAUUAUAAUCAUAUAGUGUCUUCGGCCUUUUGUCA